GUAAACUUCCGGGAAAAGUUUGAUAUAAAUUUAAGCAUAUUUUUUACAUUUAAUUAGGUCUCACAAGUAACCAUUCAAAAUGUCUUACAGUGCGUUAUCAAAGAAAAACCGAAACCCAUAUGAGACACUUGAAAGAAUGCUUAAUAAGACAACUCUGUCAACUCAGCGAGUGGCACACUCAAACAUUGUCGAUCUUGGUGCUCAUAUGGUAUCAUCGAAGGCGGGGGAUUUUCAGGAGGAACAUGAGAGGGAACUACAGAAUGCCGUAGACGAGUCAGAGGAACGAGCUACGCGAGAACUGAAGGCAGCAUUGAAACGAAUGAGGGAGGAUAAGGAGGACGAGAAAAACAGAGCUCUACGCAAUCAGAAGGAUUAUUACGAGAAGAUAGCCCGUCGUGUUGAGGAACAGCGCAAUCGUGCCGAGGAGGAGCGAGAAAGAGAGCUCACACGCAAGUUUGAACGUGAGAAGGAAGAGGCACUUAAUGAACAGUGGCAUCAGUGUGAGAGACGAAAAGAAGAGGCUGUUGCCCUAGCAUGUGAAGAAUUGACCAGGAAGCUGAGACACGAGUUUGCCAUCGAGAAGGAACAGGCUAUAGCAGAAGCUCUCCAGAUUGCCAAGGAGAAGUACCAGAUCCGAGAGAGGAACACGAUAGAGAAGACUCGGCGAGAGUGCCAGGAGGAGGCUCGGCAGGAAGCAGAGAGAGUUGCAAAACUACACCAGCAGGAUAUAGACCGGUGUAAUGAGAGGUAUGACCUUUUGGAGAGAAAAUGGCUGAGAGAAGUAGACCAAAGAAAAAAUGUGGAACAGGAUUUCCGAGAGUUACAGGAUGACUACCGUCGGUUUAUGGAUUACACAGACGGCAUGUUCCAUUCGGAUUAUUUGAUGCAGUUACGACAUAUGGGCCAGAAACUUGCGGAAAAACAGAUUAAACCUGUCUCUUACGAGGACAUUGAAAAACAGUUUGGAUCGCAAGAUGAUGAAAUUGACUUUUAGUGCCUUCAAGAAAUUGUAAUAUUGCUUCAAAUCUCUGCAAUGUAUCGGAAUCCAUUGAAGGCAAACAUGGUAUAUAGUCUGCUAUGCAUACAAAAUGGCAGAGGGAUAUUUACCUGAAAACAACAACGACAGAGAACAUGGUUAAAGAAUCUGGCCCACAUAAAGCUAGUAUCUCCAUAGUGUUAAAUGUUGAUGCAUUGUGACCCCAUAUCAUUUUGAUAUCAAUUAAAAGGUAACAACUUGCUGAUAACUAAUAUGUAAACUAGAUAAUGAAUACAAGUUGACGCUGCUUACAUCUUUAUUUGAACUGAAAUUGGAUGCGAAAUGUGAAUUUAAGGGCAAAAAAGGUAGUUUUAUUAAGAAAAUUCAGUAUUUCAAUAUAGGAAAAGUUGUUGCAACUUUCAAAAUCUUUAUUUCAACAGAUACUUUGCAUUGUACAAAAAAAAUUUUUCCCAGCUCCACUGUGCAUAAUGAGAACAUUGUAAAUAUAUACCAGGCCUCAGUUUGAAUACAUCUUUAGUGUAAAACAUGUAUCUUAUUACAUCUUGCAAAAUAACUUACUUAAAUUUGAUUAAACCCCCGCCCCCCUCCCCCGAAAAAAAAUAAUUGUGAUUAUCUGAAAGAAAAUUUCCUGUACUGAAACAAAGAUAGUGUGCUGAGCAACACCUUGUUAUAAGGGACUUGAAAUUGUCUAGAAAUUUGUACUUGAUAAUACCGGUAAACAAUGUCUUAUAGAUUUGAAAAAAACAAAACAAAUAAUGUUAACAAAUUGGCUAUGUUUUUUUCUGGCUUGCUGUGAUAUAUUGUAUUUAUGAUGAAGUAUGUAUUUGUGUGUUCUUUUGGGUAUUGUCCAAAGACUGCGCUGUUGUGAUAUUCUACCAAAGACUAUGUCAUUUUUCAGGAUAACAGGGUUCACAAAAUGGCCUAAAAUCUACCUUAAUGUAUGAUUGAUUGGGUGGUUAUUGCUAAAUACAUGCAACUUUAACAGAGAACAUUAACUGCAUUAAAACUACAGCAAUAUAUGUUUAUUAUAUAUAUAUGUAUGUAAAAGGAAUUUAAAGGGAAUUUAUUAACCUGGGGGAAACCACCUUGUCCGAUUUGUAGUCACCCUGCCGGACAGGUGGGUUUCUCCUAGUACUCCUGUUUUCUCCCAACAACUCUCUUGCUUUUUCAAAUACUUGUUUCACAAUAGUUGUAAAAAUAUAAGUUUACCGGUAAACUACCAUAAAAUCAAUUCUGUAUGUCAUCGGAAAAAAGAAAAAUUUAACAAUUGUAAGUUGCCAGCAGAAGUUCAUAUACAAGAUAUAUUGUUCAUACAUUGUUUACAGAAACAGUACAGAAUGCUUCAGGCUUUCGUUUACAGAAACAGUACAAAAUACUUCAGGUUUUCUAAUGCUACUAAACAUUUAGACUAAAGUAUAGAUUUUAAGCUUUUUGGUGAUAGUUUCUUUGUUUUAUGUAAUGACUGUGUCCACUUAGUUAGUGGUUAGUGGUUGACUGGUGGUCAUUGCUCUUAAAUUUGUAAUAAGAAUGAUUUGAUUUUGGCUAAAAUUGUAGAACAUUAUUAAAUAUAGAGGGGAAUAACUUUGCCAAAAUGCAUUUUCAUAUGGCUUUGGCUAUAGUUAUGUCCCUUGGAUUGCAUGGCUGAAAAGCUGUUUUAUAUUAUAUAUAUAUUUAAUUCUUUUUAACAAGUUAUACAUCUAUAAAUUAUGAUAAUCGAUAUAAACUUAUUAAAAAUUGAGUAAAUUGUGCUAAAGUAAAUUUUUGAAAUUAAAUAUUGGUUUUGCAAGAACUUCGUUACUUUGUUUGGAAAUAUAAUUUGAAGGCAUUGUGUAUUCAUAUAAUUUAUUUGCUUGGCUGACAAAUGACUGUGAUGUGUUUGUCUUCAGUUUAAAUUUGUGUUCAUCAAAAGCGUACGUAACAGCAGUAACAUUCAUUUCAUUAAUAGAUUCCGUUUUAUUAUUUAUUUCAUUUAAGCAUUUUGCUUUUUUUAAGGUUAAGGGGCAGUUAACUGCCAUUGUAAAAUUCUGCCUUUUUUAAUGAGUUUGUUAUUAUUGGCUUGUUUUAUUCACUCUAAUAAUUUCAGUUGUUAAGCAAAUUUAAUGUUAAUUUCUUAUAAUGACUGAGCACUUGUUAAUAGUUAUUGAUGUUUUGUUGACAAGAUUUGACUGCACUAUUCUCCUGUAAUUAAGCUAAUGUAUUAUAUUAUAUCAUUAUCUUUGCAGUUGUUUUAUAUUGAUAAACAAUGGUUGUGGGAAUCAUGUCUCGUUAUAUUAUGAUUUGUCAUACAUUCUGAUUUGUUUGUUAAUGUUAUUAUUGUAUGACUUUCACUAUUUUGUAGACAUAAUCUGAUACUUGAGUGAAGUUUCUCUAAACAACCUCUUUGGAAUACUAGUCCAUAAUUAUGUACAUGUACAUACUUACUUUAUGAAUAUUAAGUUAGUAUUAUUUUCAUAAUUAGAAUAAUUUAACAAGCAUUAACAUUUUAUAAGUUAUGUGUCAUAUUCUUUUUAGUUGAUUGGAAAUUUUUAAGUUUGAUUUAACACUUUAAAAUGACUCUGUCAGUAAUGUUUAGGGACAACCAAUUAUGUGCCAACCCUGUAAAUCCCUUGUAUAGCGACUCCUGUCUUAGCUCUCUUAAAUCUUAUCAUACUGAUUUUUGGAUCAGAAGCUCACCUUUUUCCCUGUGAAAUUGCAUUUGAAAAUAUUCAGUAAUACUCCAGUUAUUCUAGAGAAAACUCCAUUUCUGGAGGAAAAUGGGCCCAUAACCUUUAUGUAUCUUUAUCAGAUCCCUGCUUACUCUUGAUUAACAGCAGCCUCCAAUCAAAUAAGAUUGAUAUUUUUCUGUGCAAUAGUAGUGCUAGGUAUCAUCAUUUAGAGACUUAUAGUGGACAACUAGUUUCAUGUAUCUUUGCAAUGUAUUAUCCUGCCAAAAACAAUGAUAAAUCUCCUAGUUUAGUGUGACAUAGGCUGCAUGUAGAAUAGAUAUUUCAGUAGACAAACAUUAUGCUUUUAUUAUUGAACUGUGACAAGCAGAAAAAGGUUUGAUUGUUUGAGGUGCGUCUAAUAGGAUAUUUAUGGUAUGGGGUUAGCAAAAAAUAUUACCCUAUGGUUUCCUUUUGGCAGUCCCUGCAGGGUUACAUGUUUAUGUUGAGAUGGUCAUAAAAAUCUUUCAAGGUUAUUUAGUGAGUGUUUUAUGUAAGAUGUGUUUUGCAUAAUGCUAAAAUUUGACAAUGUCAAGAGAUAUGACCUAAAAGUUUUCUUUUGCUGGUGCUUGCAGGGUGACAUGUUAAGAUGGUCAUCAUUAGAAAUUUUACAUGGUUAUUAACAGGUUUUUUAUGUAAAACAUGUUCCCUAUGAUGCUGAAAUUUGACAAUGGGCCGAUUGUUUAGAAAAUUGUUAAAAUUAACUUUCUUUUUUUUUUUAAAGUGAAAUAUGUUUUGAUGGGUUCAUAUUUGUUAUUCAAACAAUUACAGCUGAAACAGUUGUCUGACAUCGUAUAUAAAAUUCCAUAGAUCAAAAGAGUAUUCUUAAAACUUUCGGAGUAGUAAAGAUUUGAAAAUUAACAACAACAAUGUUUACAACUUUGUGAACUUUAAUGAAGUUCAGAACAAUCAACAAUUGGCCCAUUGGCAAUAGUUAACUCAAUGGCCCAUUUCUGCUUGCCACGGUUUACAUGUCGUUUCUUCCAUUUAGUGUUUUUCAAUGCUUACAGUAUUAUUCUAAUAGUAUUUAUUAUUAUGGUGAUAACAUAUUCAUUUGGUGGUAGAUUUGUAGCUGAGUGAUGGUUGUUACAAUUAUCCUAACUUGGAAUAAAAUGCCUGAUUAUGAACUAUUUGAUUGAUCAGGGACUGUUUUAUUUAUAAGGACUGAUUGGUUUUAUAUCAUAUUGAUGGUCAACCUUUAUCCAAAAUCAAGAUGUCAAUUAGAACAGUACUGCACUGAUUUUGCGCAUUAUAAGGACUGGGGCCAUAUUCUUAAAGCUUCUCACUUAGUGAAAAAUUUCAUUUUUUUAGCUAUGAAUAUUUUAAAUGCCCUCUAUUUUUCAUCAAAUUUAUUCAUACGGACAUUUUUCUUCAUUAUUUUCAUAUUUGGGGUGAAAACAUUGCAUGUUUACUUUCAAUUCAACUUAGAUCAAAAAGACAUUUUUUCAUUAAGACAGUUUAAAAAUAAAAACACAACUAAGAUGUUUUAUGAAUCCGGCCCCAGAUGGUAUCCAUUUUCAGGUAGCUUUGAGGAUAAAGUGUGUGGUUGUUUUUUUCAAAAUGCCAUUGUAUAUUAUACAAUUACAUACAUUAAUUAUUUACAUCUAGUUUUGUAUUUUGUUAAUUUUACAAAUAAUGAAAUAAAAUCUGAAAACAUC